UCCAUACACAAAAGAUUGAGUUUUAAUUAAUGGAUGGCAUGUCUUCACAUGAGUAUCUCAAAAAAACAUGUGAACAAGGGCACCUAUAGGCUUAUGAAAGACAAGGUAGCACUGUACCCUUGUGAGCCACCUCAAAUUUAAGUGGCAUUCACUCUUUCCAUGGCUUUUCUAAGCAAGAAGAGCAUGCACAAGGCUCCUAUCUUGGGCUUCUCAGUUUUCUUGAUCCCCUUCUUGGCUUUUUCUUACGAUGGACCUUUGUAUGACUUCACAGCCUACACCGAGUGUAAAUCAGUGCCAGAGAAGCCACUAUAUAAUGGAGGGAUAUUCAAAGAUCAAGCACCACUUACCCAGCACAGAAUUAGUACUUCUUCAGAUGGCUCUUAUACACCAGCUUUGAUAUUGCAAAAUCUAGCUCAAAACACCAUGUAUUGUUUUUCCAUUUGGGUCAAGAUACAGGGUGCAGAUUCAACUCUAGUAACUGCAAGCCUAAUGGCAAAUAAUAAUUCCACAUAUGAUUGCGUGGGGACUGUUUUGGCCAAGAGUGGAUGCUGGUCGUUUCUCAAGGGAGGAUUCAUUCUUGAUUCACCUUCAAGUGUAUCAAUACUAUAUUUUCAGGGCACAACUGACAAAAGUAUCAAUGUCGCAAUUGCAAGUGCUUCAGUACAGCCAUUUACUGAGCAGCAAUGGAGAACAAAUCAGCAAUACAUAAUUAACACUGAAAGAAAGCGUGCCGUGACAAUACAUGUGUCAGAUAGUCAUGGAGAUAGGCUGCAAGGAGCAUCCAUUACAAUAGAGCAAAUCUCAAAAGAUUUCCCAUUUGGAUCAGCAAUAGCAAGAACAAUUCUUGGAAAUUUACCCUAUCAGAAUUGGUUUGUUGAGAGAUUCAAUGCAGCAGUAUUUGAAAAUGAACUCAAGUGGUAUGCGACAGAACCCGAACAAGGGAAGGUCAAUUACACCAUACCAGAUCAAAUGUUGGAAUUCGUUCUAGCCAACCAAAUAGUUGCUAGAGGCCACAAUAUUUUCUGGGAAGACCCCAAGUACAAUCCAGCUUGGGUUCGUGAUCUCACAGGUCCUGACCUAAAAUCAGCAGUCAACUUCCGGAUUCAAAGCCUAAUGAGCAAAUACAAAGAAGAGUUUAUACAUUGGGAUGUUAGCAAUGAAAUGCUACAUUUUGAUUUCUAUGAAGAAAGGCUUGGUCCGGAUGCCACUUUACAUUUCUACAAGACAGCACACGAAGCAGACCCCUUAGCAUCAUUGUUUUUGAAUGAAUUUAAUGUGGUGGAGACUUGCACUGAUGUGAGUACAACAGUAGAUACCUACAUUGAUAAGAUAAGAGAACUUGAACGCGGAGGAUCAUCAAUGAAUGGAAUUGGCCUAGAGAGUCACUUUUCUAAGCCAAAUCUUCCUCUAAUGAGGGCUAUUCUAGAUAAAUUGGCUACCCUUAAGCUUCCCAUUUGGCUCACAGAAGUUGAUAUCAGCAAUAAAUUUGAUAAAGAAACUCAGGCUAUUUAUCUAGAGCAGGUGUUAAGAGAAGGCUUCUCGCAUCCUGCAGUGGAUGGGAUCAUGCUUUGGACUGCAAUCCAUCCUAAUGGGGGGUGCUACCAAAUGUGCCUUACAGAUUAUAAUCUUCAAAACCUCCCGGCCGGUGAUACAGUUGACAAGCUCCUAAGAGAAUGGGAAACCGGGGAAGGAAAUGGCCGCACAGAUGAUCAUGGAUCAUACAGCUUCUUUGGCUUCUUAGGUGAAUACAAAAUAAUGGUGCAAUAUGGCAACAGAACUACAAAUUCAACACUGUCACUCAGUCAAAGUGAUGAAACGAAGCAUUUUAACAUUCAGUUGUGACCAACACCAUUCCUAUAAUCUUAUCACCAUACUAGGAACAACCGAACAAUCAAGGUAGAUUGUCAGAAAUUUUUUACUAGUUAAAAAUCUUUGCAAUGGCCUUCGGCUUUGUGCUGUGCUGAACUUGGAAUUUCUAGCAAUGUUGGGCUUCGGAGUACAGUAAUUUAUGUACUGACAAGAGUUAAAUAUUGUUGACUUUUGUUUCUUUAUGAAAAGGCCAUGGGAGAAGUUCAAAGGUU